AUGCCGAGAGACCUUGGACAACGCGCCCAAGACUUCAGAGAGAAAUGGCUCGCGCCUUCUGGAGGAUGGCUUGGAGAGCUAGUAAUAUUCAUCUCGGAUCUUGCUGGAGUAUGGGACGUCAUUAUCAUCGCCGGCGUCUUUGUCUGCGCUUGGAUCGUGGUGAGGACAAGUCCGAUGGAGAUCUCAAUGGUUCUUGCCCUUGUGUUCGACCUCACUAUACCUCUCCAAUACUACAACAACGAGUAUCUGCGAAAGAAACAUGCGGAGCAUUUGGAGAAUUACUGGCCCUCGCUCAUGAUGGGUUGCCUGAUCGAAGGUGUCUGCUUCUUCCUCCUCCACCCCGACCUAUUCACUCUCAUAGUCUGUCUGAAGACCAGUGCGAUGACGAUUCUAUGGAUGAUAAGAGACCAAGACGGACUACCCAUCAAGGUUCAGUCGCCUUUCGACCCAUCCGGCCGUCGUUCAUCAGGAGGAGGAUCGGUACAGGACAGCGACGGACGCAGCAGCUCGAGACGCAGUGGCGGCUCUGAUCCCCCGCCGAGAACAUCUCGUGAUUCCAGCAGAACCUCAUCGACCCGGCCCGAAACUUCCAAUUCUUCGUCUUCCCAACCACCGAAACCCUCUUCUUCCUCCCAAGCUCCCGAGACCUCCGAGCGCUCCGAAUCCAAACCCCCCUCUUCCGGAUCCUCCACCCCAUCCAACAUGCCUACUUCCAAGAACGUCUCCAACCCUUACAAAUACCUGCACCGCGCGGGUUACCCUGACCCGGCUAUAGCGGGCAUGAUCCUCGCUCUCAACGCGGCCGAGAAAGACCGGGCGAGAAAGCAGAUGAACGCCUGGGUUCAGGAGAAGGAUCGCAAAGAGAUAGAGAGGCGGGACAAGCGGUAUUCGGAGAGCGCCAAGAAGGCUGGGUGGCCGAAGAAGUUCGAGCAGGGUGGGGAGGGAAGUGGAGGUGGGAAGACGACGCUUGCUAUACCGCAAGAGGCAAUAGAAAAAGCUGAAGCGUCCAUGAAGUCCAAAAAAGUGCCUUCGGAGGAGAGGAAGAAGGUGAUGGAUCUCUUGAAACAUCCCAAGUCCGAGAAAGAGCUGCAGGCAGCUGGCAAGAUCCUGAAAGAGAUGGGUAUACCCGUGAAACUUCCCAAAGGAGGUGAAGGCGGUGAAAGCAGCAGCAGUGGUCACAAAAUGGGCGAGUCGGAUGGUCAUGGUGGGUAUCGCGAUAUCAAGCUAUCGAAAGACACUGUUCAGACCUUGAACCAGGCCAUGGCGCAAAAGCAAUGGUCCAAAGAGGACCACGUCAAAUGGUUGGCGUACAUUCAGCGACCCCUUUCCAGGCGCGAAUUUGAGAGAAAGGUCAUCCCUCUCGCCAAAUCUUUGAACGUGUAUAUCGGUGGGGGUUACACUGGUGGUGGGCCACAUAGGUUUGAUGUCAAAAAGCUUGCAGAAAUCAAAGGCAAGAUAAAGAGUCGAUGUGGGGUCGAUAGCGGAAUGGCGGAACAUAUGAUCGUGCAUGCCAUCAAUCAACGUACGUCCAAAGAGGCGCAGGAUAUGUUGAAUCGAUGGGCAACGAAGGGUAUCAAGCGAGACGACUUUGAAAAGCUUCGGAAAACUGCACCGGAUUGGGCAUAA